UGUUAACGGGGUUGUUGUUUCGUUUGCUUGCAAAGCUGCACGAGUCCGUAGUCUUACCUGUUCGGUUUUAGUGGUUUUUUUUAAAGACUGAAACGUUUUUCUUUGCUGCAAAGGAGGAAGCGCGCCGCGAUGUUUUACCAUAUUUCCCUGGAGCACGAGAUUCUGCUUCACCCGCGGUACUUCGGUCCGAACCUGCUGAACACCGUGAAACAGAAACUCUUCACCGAGGUGGAGGGAACCUGCACGGGGAAGUACGGGUUUGUAAUUGCGGUCACCACCAUUGAUAAUAUUGGCGCGGGGGUGAUCCAGCCCAGCAGAGGCUUCGUUCUCUACCCGGUCAAGUACAAGGCCAUCGUGUUCCGGCCCUUCAAGGGAGAGGUGGUCGAUGCCGUGGUCACUCAGGUCAAUAAGGUCGGGCUCUUCACUGAGAUUGGUCCCAUGUCCUGCUUCAUCUCCAGACACUCGAUCCCCUCCGAGAUGGAGUUUGAUCCCAACUCCAACCCCCCCUGCUACAAGACCACCGACGAGGACAUUGUGAUUCAGCAGGAUGAUGAGAUUCGAUUGAAGAUUGUCGGGACGAGAGUCGACAAGAACGACAUUUUUGCUAUCGGCUCCCUGAUGGAUGACUAUCUGGGUCUGGUCAGUUAGUGCGUGUGUGUGUGGGCCGGGGCAGAGCAGAGCCAGCGAUCCUGCUUUCGUCACAGAAAGAAAACAGAAUGGAUCUUUGCUUUCAAAUGUUUCUCAGAAAUUGUUAUUAUAUUUAAUAAUAAAAACUGAAAAUAAUAACCAUGUUGUUUUGUUUCAGUGUAAUAAAAUUGUUUUGACCGCCUA